UCGCGGAGCCACCGGUCUCCCUCCUCCCACGCGAGCGAGUGGCGGCGAGCCCCUCGCGGGAGCGGAGCUCGCGCUCGCCGCUGCGCACAAAGCGACCCCCCGCCCCGCGCCCUCCUCUUCGAGACGAGCCCCUCACGGAAGACCUUCGCCGCGGCCGCGCUGCCCCCGUGCCACCGCAACGCCCGGCCAUGGCUGUCGUAUCCGAGAGCUCGCGCAGGGCGCUGCUGCCCAGCUUCCUCUACUCUUCCCCUGCCUCGUACUCGUCGUCGACCACCUCGUUCGCGGCAGCUGCCGGGGUCGCCGCGCCGUCGUCGUCGGCGGGGCCGGCGGUGUGGGCGCGUGCGCCGAGCGAGCCGUCGGGGAAGAUCGAGAUGUACUCGCCGGCCUUCUACGCCGCGUGCACGGCCGGCGGCGUCGUCAGCUGCGGGGUCACGCACAUGUCCGUCACGCCGCUCGACCUCGUCAAGUGCAACAUGCAGAUUGACCCAGCCAAGUACAAGAGCAUCUCAUCUGGGUUUGGUGUUCUCUUGAAAGAACAAGGUGCAAGAGGUUUCUUCAGAGGAUGGGUGCCCACACUGCUUGGUUACAGUGCUCAGGGCGCGUGCAAAUUUGGUUUCUAUGAAUUUUUUAAGAAGUACUAUUCGGACAUUGCUGGACCUGAGUAUGCGGCUAAGUACAAGACAUUAAUUUAUUUGGCUGGCUCUGCUUCGGCUGAAGUAAUUGCAGAUGUUGCACUCUGCCCCAUGGAGGCUGUGAAGGUUCGUGUGCAGACACAACCUGGCUUUGCGAGAGGUUUAUCUGAUGGCCUCCCUAAAUUUGUUAAGGCAGAUGGCUAUUCUGGAUUGUAUAAAGGGAUUGUUCCACUCUGGGGGCGACAAAUUCCUUACACUAUGAUGAAGUUCGCCUCUUUUGAGACCAUUGUUGAGAUGAUAUACAAAUAUGCGAUCCCUGCCCCCAAGAGUGAUUGCAGCAAAACACUGCAGCUCGGUGUGAGCUUUGCAGGCGGUUACGUCGCCGGGGUGUUCUGUGCAAUAGUUUCACACCCUGCGGAUAAUCUUGUGUCUUUCCUCAACAAUGCCAAGGGCGCAACAGUUGGCGAUGCUGUGAAGAAACUUGGUUUGUGGGGUCUCUUCACGCGCGGACUCCCUUUGCGUAUCCUGAUGAUCGGUACUCUCACUGGAGCGCAGUGGGGUAUCUAUGACGCUUUUAAAGUGAUGGUUGGACUGCCAACAACCGGUGGAGUUGCUCCAACACCUGCCGCCGGUGGGGAGCAUUUGAAGACCGAUGCUUGAGUUUAUGCUUCUGAACUUCUAACAACAUUGUCCCAACUUGGAUGAUGGCGAAAUAGAUUUUUCUUGGUUUAGGAACAAAAAGGAUUAGUUCAUUAAUUGGAUCGCUGCUACAGUAAAAACCUGAGAUGAGCGCAAGCUCCUCAGGGCUUACAAUGGUAUAGUUAGUAGACAGCUUAGGACAAUAUUCACUAUAUAUAUGCUCAUCCAAUGAAUGAUAUUUCGAUUUUACCAGGCGUAGUUUUUCGCAGUAGAAAUGUUGAUACGCCUUGCUUGGCUUCAUCUUUUGUUUGGCUGUUGCCCUUGUUACUCACCGUUAUUCAUUCCUUCAAAUGUGAAUAAACCAAUAUGUGGCAGUAUUCAGUUCGA